AUGGGAGUUCUUUUUGGCAUAUUCAGGCCUUACAGUACAUCAGUACAUCAGAGAACACACACAGGUGAUAAACCCAAUGAGUGUAGUGAAUGUGGGAAAAAAUUCUGUGAGAAGUCAUAUCUCCAAGUACAUCAGAGAACUUACACAGGGGAGAAAUCCCAUGAGGGUAAAGAAUGUGGAAAAACCUUUGUUUACAAUUCAUUCCUCAUAGUACAUCAAAGGAUACACAUAGGUGUAAGACCCUAUGAAUGUAACGAAUGUGGGAAAACAUUCUCACAAAAGCCAGACUUCACUUAUCAUCAGAGAACUCAUACUGGAGAAAGGCCCUGUGAAUGUAAUGAAUGUGGGAAGUCUUUCUCAGUGAAGUCAAAACUUAUUGUGCAUCAGAGAACUCACACAGGGGAAAAACCCUAUGAAUGUAAUGAAUGUGGGAAAACCUUUUCCCAGAAGUCAUCUCUUACAGUACAUCAGAGAACACACACAGGGGAGAAACCAUAUAAAUGUAAUGCAUGUGGGAAAAGUUUUUCCCAGAAGUUAUCCCUUACUGUACAUCAAAAAAGACAUAAAAAGAGAAGCCAUAUAAAUGUAUUCAAUGCAGCAAAACAUUUAACCAGAAAUCAGCACUUACUAAACAUCAAAGAACUCAGGAGAGAAACUUCAUAUAUAUAAUGAAUGCAGCAAAACUUUUUACCACAAGUCAUCCCUCACAGUACAUCAGAGAACCCACACAGGAGAGAAACCCUACAAAUGUAAUGAAUGUGAGAAGACUUUCUACCAGAAGUCAUCACUUAUAGCACAUCAGAAAACACACAGAAGGCAGAAAUCCUGUGAAUCUACAAAUGUGGAGAGCCUUUUAUCAGAAUUCACUAAUCUGAGAAAGUACAGAGAGAAGUCCCUGUUAGCAUCUUCUGAAAGUCCAGAAACCUUUUCUUACUUAACCUACUCAGUUUACAUUAAAAACAGUGAAGGGGAGAAACUUUGUAAGUAUGAGAAAUAUUUUGCCCAGAAAUAAAGGGCCAUCUUAGUGAGCAGCAGAUAUUUGAUAUUUGAAACAUCUUAUGAAUAUUUUGAAUAAGUUGUAACUUUGAAAAUGAUUCAUUUUUGGUUAUACAUGAGAGAUUUUAGCUCACUGGAAAUAUACCAGUUUGGUAAUUGAGACUAAAAACUUCCUUUAGAAAUAUUAUACUAGGCCGGGCGCGGUGGCUCACGCCUGUAAUCCCAGCACUUUGGGAGGCCGAGGCGGGCGGAUCACGAGGUCAGGAGAUCGAGACCAUCCUGGCUAACACGGUGAAACCCCGUCUCUACUAAAAAUACAAAAAAUUAGCCGGGCGUGGUAGCAGGCGCCUGUAGUCCCAGCUACUCGGGAGGCUGAGGCAGGAGAAUGGCGUGAACCCGGGAGGCGGAGCUUGCAGUGAGCCGAGAUCGCGCCACUGCACUCCAGCCUGGGCGACAGAGCGAGACUCCGUCUCAAAAAAAAAAAAGAAAUAUUAUACUAAAAUUCUUGUUUCUGAUAUACCAAAAUUUUAUUGAAAAUAUUCAGUUACAGACAUACUGUGUACUAGGAAUCUAACUUCAAAAAGCACAAUUAGGUCGAAUAGUCAUAAAUACACCAAAUACAAAUGCAAAGUGUCAUUAGGUUAUGUGAGUGUGCUUUAUUUUUAUUUUUUAUUUCAUUUUAUUUUAUUUUCUGUGUUCCAGUAAAACUUUACUUACUCAAGUGCAACAGAGCUUAAAGGUUAAAAAAAAAGUACUUACAAAGACAGGCAGUGGGCUGGACUUGGCCUACAGCCACUAAUUUGCUGACCUCUGUGCUAAAAUCAAGGUGCUUCUAAUGCAAUCAAUACUUUUUAACAGCACCUUACAUGCACGCCAUUAUCCUUCAAAGGCAGACCUUUGGCCGGGCGCUGUGGCUCACGCCUGUAAUCCCAGCACUUUGGGAGGCCGAGGUGGGCAGAUCACGAGGUCAGGAUAUCGAGACCAUUCUGGUUAACACAGUGAAACCCCGUCUCUACUAAAAGUACAAAAAAAAUUAGCCGGGCGUGGUGGCGGGUCCCUGUAGUCCCAGCUACUCAGGAGGCUGAGGCAGGAGAAUGGCGUGAACCUGGGAGGCGGAGCUUGCAGUGAGCCGAGAUCGCUCUGCUGCACUCCAGCCUGGGCGACAGAGUGAGACUCUGUCUCAAAAAAAAAAAAAAA